AUGAGCACGCCAAACCUCAUCCUGAACAUCAUUGCGCAGAGGAAUGCAUUGGACCCAUUUGCGAUGUUUUCUGAAGUGAUCAGUAUGAAUUUCGAGCUAUGUACAGUCAGUUGCGCCGAUCUUGAAUCGUUAUCCUAUUACACACAAAAUCUGAAAUCGCUAACAAUUUCGGAUCAAUUGAUAGAUCACAAACAGGAAGGAGAAGAUGUUGAUCCAAGUCUAAUACAAUGCUAUCGUACUUACCAAAGAAAACGUCUUAUUGGACACCGCUCAAAGUUGAUCGCACAUCUUAAAACGCUUUGGCCAUCACUAGUACAACUGACAUUCACGGAUACCGAUGGUACCGUGCUACUCGACGAAUUUCCUAUAAGCUCGUUCUGA